GACCUUAUUGUUUUGAUCGUUCUACUCGUGCCGACCGGCUCCACUGCUGAUGACAAAAUAAUAUGAAUCUUAUGAUCGAUAAUUAACCCAACUCGAUGUUUUCCCCUGCUGAUUAUUAUUAACCGUUUUUCAUUGAUGAGCGGCCGUGAGGCUAAUGGGGACAGAACGGCACUCUUCAAAUCUACCGGGAGGAAACGUGAAUUGCUUUGCCAAUGUUAGCAACAUUAUUCCAUUACAUACAUUGGCAAGCUAGAUCAAUGCGAGUAGACAGACACUAAGUUAGCAACUCUUCUUUCUGAAAGCCUCGUCUCGUGCAUUGAGCAAUGGAAUAACUAGUGGGGGGCGUCCCUAUAGUCUAAAAGAGGCUUCCUCACAUUGGGAGCAUCUCAAUUGUAUUUCCUUGAUACCCCGGAUGUCCCUCUUCUUCUCUUCUCAAAGCACAUUGGAGCAGAAGAUCCUGACUACUUCAUUCCAGUGUCAAAACGGCCUCUCAGGAAAUGCUUUUGAGAGGGUUUGAGCGCAAUGGCUGUCUUCUGCACUGACCUGACAAACAUCGGGACAGACACCAAAAUAUAGCUUUGGUGCAAUUUUCAGAGCGCAGAAUGAUGACGUCAUCAGAAGGUGGGGAGGCGGUGCUUCUGGUUGGAGAGGGGAACUUCUCGUUCUCUGCCGCUCUGGGCCGGAUCGUCGCCACGGAUACAAAUGACAUCACCUCGGGCACCGAUGACAUCACAAGGGAGACCGAUAACAUAGCCGGUGGGAGGGGUUUGAGGAUCACAGCCACCUGUCUCCAGACCAAAGAGGAGGCGCUACGACACCACGGCUCCGCCCACAACAUACACACAAUCACACACUCAGGUGGGGAGGUGCUGUUUGAGGUGGAUUGUACGCGUCUGUCAGAGUGUGUGUGUCUGCGUGGUCGACAGUUUGACCGUGUCAUCUUUAACUUCCCUCACUGCGGUCGGAAGAGUGGCGUGAAGAAGAACAGGCUGCUGCUCAAACACUUUUUCCUCAGCUGUGUGGGGGUGCUGAAGGAGGAAGGGGAGGUGCUUGUGUCUCUGUGCAACGGGCAGGGCGGGACUCCAGCCGACCGGCCAAUGAGAGAGUGGCACAACAGCUGGCAGGUGGUCGCCAUGGCAGCAGAGGCAGGGCUUAUCCUGAAUGAGGUCCGCCCCUUCGAUGGCGAGAAACCUGACAGUUACCAAUCCACCGGGUAUAGGGGUUUUCUCUCGAAUUCCAAUCAUCCCGUCAGGCUGGUUCAGGACUUUCUGGUUCAGGCCCUGGAGAGGGAAUGGCCUGUCUCCAUGGUUACAGAGCCCCUCCCCCUGAUCAUACACUCCUCCCCCCAGAGACUAAAUGCAUGUUGCCCUGAGAUACAAGACACACACACACAUUGCUACUGGCUACACCCCUCCCACACACACACCACUUCACACACACCCUCAGAUGAUCACAAACACAUAGACACUCUACUGGCAGACACACACAUAACCUACGACUCAGAGGAUGAGGGAAGAGAGAGAGAGUGUAGCAACCGUUUUAAGGAGUGUGUAGGUGAGGGAGAGGAGUGUGUAGGUGAGGGAGAGGAGUGUGUAGGUGUUGGGGGAUACAUGCUGCGUCCUUCUCUACUGCCUCAGAUGGAGAUACUGAGAGAGGAGAGAGAACACAGAGAGAGAGAGGAGGUUCUGCAUGGUGUGAGCGGCCUAGUCUUUCAGAGAGUUCACAUCAGUCCCUGGUCCCCCCCUGCCUUCCACCAGCUCCUCCUCUGGGGAGCAUGGCCCAAAGCCUCUCAGUCAAUCCCUGACCUGAGGCGGAGUCUGGAGCGUCUACUGACCCCCUAUGGGCUUUCCCUGGCUGAGGAGCAGGGGUCUCUGUGGCUGGCAGCCGAGCCAAUGGGACGGCUAGGCCGGCUGUGGGCUGAUGACCUCACUGAUGGCGUCCGUGUGUGUCUGAACCUUGACCUCCUGGCGUCACUGGUCUACUCCCUACCUGACUGGCGCCUGCUCUGGUCACCUGACCCCCGCUUCCUCAACCACUUCCUGCUCCGUCCAUUGCCAGAGCAACCGUUCCAUCCCUUCUCCCUGUUUCCACAGAGCUUUGUUUAUGACAUCAGCUUCUGGGCGGGGCCAGACUGGCAGGAGGCAGCGUUUCAUGCUCUAGUCAGGGAGGCCAGUAGAGAGAUGGUAGAGAACGUUACGCUCAUCGACACCUACACACCCAACACACAGACCGACACACACCCUGACGUACCACACACCUACACACCCAACACACAGACCGACACACACCCUGACGAUGGUUUUGAUGUGAGGAUGGUGUUGAUGUGA